CCAAUCACAGGCGACCUAGGUUGUUUUUCCCCCCUCCUAAAAUGUACGUGUCACUUCGGAUAGAAUUCAACAUAAUCACGUUUCCAAUUAAUUUCUCGCAGUCUUGUGACCUCACACGCGUGUAAAGAAUCAUGGCGGAACCCAGCAAGCAAGACAUUUGUGCCAUUUUCAAGCGGCUUCGCUCCAUUCCCACGAAUAAGGCAUGUUUUGACUGCUCGGCUAAAAAUCCCAGUUGGGCCAGCAUCACCUACGGCGUGUUCCUGUGUAUAGACUGUUCGGGAACACACAGGUCUCUGGGGGUGCACUUGUCCUUCAUCAGGUCCACGGAGCUGGAUUUUAACUGGACAUGGUACCAGCUGAGAUGCAUGCAAGUGGGCGGCAACGCCAGCGCGGUGUCGUUCUUCAACCAGCACGGCAGCACGGCCAGCGCCGCCAACGUGAAAUACAACAGCCGGGCCGCUCAGCUGUACAGAGAGAAGGUCAAGACGCAAGCCACGUACGCCACCAGAACCCAUGGCACCGAGCUUUGGUUGGACAGUCAGGGUGCUGCGUCGUGCGCGUCGCCGGAGGAGAAGCACGUUGAUUUCUUCAGCCUCCAUUCACAGGAAGUUCCGGAAGAUAUGGCCAAGAUGAGCCUCAGCUGUGUGGCCUCGGAGACGCAAGGCAAAGAGGAAGACGGCGACGCGGAGGACGGCCCGAGUGUUGACAUGCUGAGUGCUUCCCCGAAGGCCAAUCCAGAACCGUUGUCCCUUCUCAAGAAGAAGCCCGGCGCCACCAAGAAAUCGAUGGCCGCCAAGAAAGGCGGCCUGGGCGCUCAUAAGGUAAGCGGUCACAGCUUCAACGAGUUGGAGAAGAAAGCGCAAGCUGCAGACAAGCUCCGAGAGAAGGGAGAGGACGGCAAGCAGAACAACGCGAAAACCGCGGAGUCCAUUGCUCCGUCCAUGCGUCUGGCCUACCAAGAUCUGGAGCAGCAGAGGAAAAAGGACGAGCAGAAGCUGAAGAAUCUGGACGGGAAGAAGCGCGAGCAAGCGGAGAGACUGGGAAUGGGGCUCAGCGUCAGGAGUGGAGUGUCUCACUCGGUGACGUCCGACAUGCACAUCAUCCAGCAGGAACGCCCCCUGGCGGCCAGGACUGGCAAAUUGACGCGUUUCGGGGAAGACGACGACGGCGGCGGCGGCAACGACGACGAUGACGAGGGAAGCUUCAGCACCGGGAUCCUGUCCCGUUACGACCAAAACGACUCUUCUGACCUUUUCUCCUCCAGAUGGAGCAAGAAAGCCGAACCGGACUUCUUCUUGACGUCCGCCAUCACCUCGCUAGAUGACAGGCCCGCCCCACGCAGAAAAUCAGACAUGGCACCCGUCGUCGACACGGGAGAAGCUCGCAAGAAGUUCGGCCAGGACGUCAAAGCCAUCUCUUCGGAUAUGUACUUUGGAAAGCAAGACGGCACAGAGUACGAAGCCAGAUCACGGCUGGAGAGACUUGCGGGGAGUUCUGCCAUAAGUUCCGCCGACUUGUUUGACGAUCAGAAGAAGCAGGCCGCCAGCUCGUACCGCCUGACCAACGUGCUGCCAAGCGCUCCCGACAUGUCUCAGCUGAAAAUGGGAGUGCGCAGCGUCGCCGGAAAGCUCUCGGUCAUGGCCAGCGGCGUCGUCACCACUAUCCAGGACCACUACAACAACUGAAGGAUGAAUCACUGCGAUAAACUUGUCACAACAUGAUGGGAAGUAGACACAAAAAGUCCAAGGUGACAUCUUUUUUGUACAUAGAGCGGCACUUUGGACACAACGUUCACAUCAACAAAAGAGGCUUUACAAAGACAGUAGCGUUAUUUUUUUAGCUUUGUAAAGGCGGACGUUUGUGAAUAAGUUCCACUUUGGUUUGUAGCUAGAUUAGCAACAUAUGGAGCCAAUGUUAUGAAGGUUCUGGGUAAAAAAAAAAAGAAAGUGUCCUUUUGUUGCCCAAA